AUGCCAUCCGGUGAUCAUCCUAAGCCUCAGUAUAGCCUGUCGCAUACGAUCUCUAUGGUCAACUUGCACGAGGAGCCGACUUGGUACAAUCGAGGCCCUUCAUCUCCCACAUCUUCUUCGGUAUCCACUUCUACUAGCCGAAGCGCCACGCCCACCACUACGAACAACAACCCUUGGUCGAAUGUAAUGACAAGCCCGAACUCGGUUGCUUCGAGCAAGUCGCCGAAAUCGUCGCCCAAGCACAGUCCAGCUCGUACCCCACCAUACACAAGCCGGUCGACCACGCCAACGCCAAUUGCACCCCAACCUUUAAGGCCUGUCAAGGCUAUGGCGGGAUUUGUACCAAUGUCGCCGCCUACUUCAGUAAAUGGAGAUUCCUACCAGAGUGCAGAGUAUCCUACGUCAUCGAUGCCUGCUUUCCCAGGCUCUCCCAACCCUUACCGUCAGCCCGUUACUCCUUUGUCUCCGUUGGUGCAUGGCUUCAUCAACACCUCCGUUCUAUCUUCACAAGGCCAGUCUCUUUCCGGAUGGUUCUACGACCUCUGCCGGAAACAGGGGUGGGAUGCGGGCCAGAUCAAGCGGAUAUGGCAGUGGACACUGUCCAACCCGCGCCUCGCGAUACUCCUUUACGUCUGCGAUGACGUCGCUUCCUGGCGGCAAGCAUCAUUCUUUGAUCUGAGAGACGAGAGUCUGCCCUUUCCCGAGGAUCGUCUCCAAGGCAUUGUAGCAGAUGCCCGCAAAGUCGUGGAUGAGCAGUGGCGCGCAACUUCGAAGGAGAUGUUACUGAAUGGAAGCCAUGUGGACUUCGUGGCGCGUGAGACUGUACCACUGCAGUCAGAGAUCAUCAUUCGCACGUCGAAGAACUCUGAGAAGAGUGUCGACCGGGUGCGAAUGUUGGGCAGUAAUGAUGAUCGUGUAUUGGUAAGGAAGCGCUUGGUCACGACUCGUCCAUCCCAAAAAGCCGCUCUACUGGAACAAAUCAACAAGUUCAAGCAACUCGAACACAAGAGCAUCGCAAAACUACUCUGCUCGUACGCUCAACCUAGUCACGUGGGUAUUGUUGUGGAAAAGGCGCAGUGCAGUUUAGAUGAGUAUCUUGCGAUGCCCGGAGGUGACCCUUCUCGCUCUCGAAUAAUGGUUGACUGGAUGUACGACCUCGCGUCAGCGAUCGAGUAUCUCCACUCGCAAGCAAUAUGUCAUCGCAGCAUUCGGCCACGGAAGAUUCUGGUCGAUGGCGCUCGUAUCCUACUUGCGCCAUUUGAGAUCGGGCACAACAUCGAUACGUUCAGUCCUACUAUGGCCACUUCGCAACGUCUGGACCAGCUGCAUACCUAUUUCCAGGACCAGACCUACAUAUAUGCGGCCCCGGAGGCCAUCGUUUCUCGCGGCAAGCGACCGGCUGAUGUAUUUUCAUUGGGAUGUAUCUUCCUCACGAUGUUGACAGUAGCACAAAACCAGUCUUUGUCAGCGUUCACGCAGUAUAGGGCUGGUUCUACACAAGAUGCAUCAUUCCACGCACAUCUUGAUCGAGUUGGAAGUUGGCGAAACAGGCUUGUUGCAUCUACUAACGCGAGUCUUCGAGCCGGGCUAAACGGGUCUGGUAGAAGGUUACGCCAGCUCAAGGCGGAAGCUGAAUGGCUCAGUAUCAUUGAGAAGAUGAUCACACCACGGCCGAAAGAACGAAUCAAGAUGGGCCUCAUCAUGGGAAGCCUUGGAUCUGGGAAGGUCACUGGAGGCAGACGGCGAAGUUUGGACGGCGGCGGCUACAGUGGGCAAGUGUCUGCUUCACUAGGGAUGGUGAACGCUCCGAUGACUACUCUUGUUGAUCUUGAGCCCAUUGUCAAACCCAGGAUCACAAACUCGCCACCGCGUCGACCGGAGUUGAGCGUCUUCGAUGGCUACUUUCAGCAGCAGUCACGUAAACUGGAGCCAGCCGGCGGGUGGUGA